AUGGAGCGUCUGAGCCACUUCGAGGACCUGCUGAACUACUGCCUGGACAACCGUGAUACGCUGGGCAAACGGGACAUCAUCGCUUCUCUGUCAUACAUGCGUUCGCUGCGUAACUUCAGCUUGUCAAGUCCGCUGCUUCGGGAGUACGGCGAUUUCGUGUGCUCGAAUCUGCCCAUUUUUGGUGGAGCUUUACACUUGGUGGUGCACAGAUUCGCUGUUAUUGGUUAUACGCCUGCCCUGGUUCGCAUUUACGAAGACCACCUGAAAAGCAGCCUCGAUGAUCUGAGUGUCAAGCAGCUGUGCCUGAUAGGCUGGAGUUAUGCGAAAAGCAAUGUCUACUUCCAGGAGCUGUUUGACCGCAUAGCCGAGGCGUACUUCUAUCGGGACGAUCGGGGCUCCCUAACCGACGUUGCGCUGCUGCUCUGGAGUUUUGCGAAGGUAGAGAGACGUGUCCCUCACGAAAUAGGCGCGCUUCGUGGAGUCGUGCUGGGCACGCUGCAAUCGUUGUUAUCGGCUCUGCGGGACCCCAACUGCGAUCUGGACGAAACAGCGCGGCUUUACAUGGACAAAGAUCGCAUGUUCUACAGCAACGUAACCCAUGACCUAUGCAUGUCUGCCAAGGCGUUGGCGGUGCUAGUGCCUCGCGACCGGGACACUGUCAAGCUGCUUGUGGAGCAGCUGUUGGAGUUAUCGCGACUAGGAAAGCUUACUUUGACAGCACAGGGGAUAACUAGUAUGUGGGAGGCCUUGUGCUUAACCGGACUUUCCGAGCCGUCCGUUGUGGACGAGCUCUGCGAGGCGUCACGCUACCUACGUCUGGAUCACUCAUUUAAUUCAAACAUGCUUAGCGCAAUUCUGUCAAGCAUACGCACGCUAAGAGUUAGGGAUCCACGAAUUGUCUAUCAGAUUGCGCAUUGGCUGGAAAAACGCGCCGUGCAGAUGCACGCGCCACAAAUGUACAGUGCGAUAUGCAACCUUGAUGCGUUGCGCAUCUAUCACGAAAAAGCAUGGAAACAACUAGGUACGUGGUCAGUAGUCGAAGCAGACAGCUUUGUAGGCGUGGUCGUGCAGAAGAAGGGCAUAGACUUAGAAUUGAGCGAUAUUCGCCAUAUAUACAACAUCUUCAAAAGCAAUGACAGGGGUAAUGACCGCAUAUAUGGCAUUUUGGAGCACUUUAUGAGCUGCAAGGAAGACAUUGAGCGUUACGGCCCCUGCUGA